GCCGGCGAGGCGGAGCCGCCCCCGGCGCUCCCGCUGCGCCGAGGCCGCGGACCCCUGUUGUCCGGGGCGCGCGGGGCUGCCCCGAGCGGGCUUGCCGGCGCCGGGCUGAGGUGGAGGCUGCUCCGCGGCCGCGCCGAGGUUGACCAACUUCAAAAUGUUAUCGCAGUGUCUAUGCCAAGCUUACAAAUGUUUGCUUCUACACAAUUUAGAACUGAGCUCAAUAAAUGUAAUUACUUUCACCAGAAGGAUCCAUUCUUCAGUAAAACAGCUUUCUGAAUGUAAGUUAAGGGAAGAAGCCAUACAAAAACAUGAAACUCAAGAGUUGCCUCAAAAUGCAGAAAACAAAAAUUUUGGGAGAUUGCAUAUACCAGUGAUGCUGGAGGAAGUUAUUAAUUUCUUAUCCCCACAGCCUGGCCAGUGUUUCCUUGAUAUGACGUUCGGAGCUGGAGGUCAUACUACAGCUCUUCUACAGAAAGCCAGAGACAUUACAGUUUACGCACUAGACAGGGACCCCAUGGCUUACCAAAUAGCUCAGCAACUCUCAGAAUCUUACCCGAAACAGAUUCAAGCUCUUCUAGGACAGUUUAGCCAGGCAGAGGCUUUGUUAAUCUCAUCUGGAGUUGAGCCAGGGACUCUAGAUGGAGUUCUCCUGGAUGCUGGCUGUUCCUCAAUGCAGUUUGAUACACCAGAAAGAGGUUUUUCCCUGCAGAAGGACGGUCCUUUGGACAUGAGGAUGGAUAGUGACAGGUAUCCUGACAUGCCCACUGCUGCUGAUGUUGUGAAUGCUUUAGAUCAACAGGCACUUGCGUCCAUCCUGAGAACAUACGGGGAGGAGAGGCACGCCAAGAAAAUCGCUUCAGCCAUCGUUCAGGCACGCAGCAUAUACCCCAUCACCAGAACUCAGCAGCUUGCAAGCAUUGUUGCAGGUGCUUUUCCAGCAUCAACGUUGUAUGCGCGAAAAGACUUGCUUCAGAGACCUACACAUGUUGCUACUAAAACUUUCCAAGGGCUGCGAAUAUUUGUAAAUGAUGAGCUCCAUGAACUCUUUAUGGGGCUGAAGACAGCUGAGAAGUUUCUAAAACCUGGAGGUCGACUUGUAGCCCUUUCUUUCCAUUCACUAGAAGAUCGUAUCAUCAAACGAUUUCUUCAUGGAAUAGACAUGACAGAAAAGUACAAUCUUGGCUCAAGGCAGAAGAUAAGACAAAGUCUAAAAAAUUGUUCCAAAGAAGAAGACACAGAAGAACUUCCCUGUGGAAAAUCCAACUCAAAGUGGAAUUUUAUACAGAAAAAAGUUCUCACACCGCAGGCCAAGGAUAUUCAAACAAACCCAAGAGGGAGGUCUGCCAAGUUAAGAGCCGCUAUUAAGCUUUAAAACAAAAUGUUUGAUAAUAAAAUUGUGUAAUUUCAUUUUCCAGAAAGAUAACUGGAUGGAUAGUAUCAGAUUAAAAAGAAAAUGAAAAAAAAAAAAAAAAAAAAAAAAAAAAGGCUGUUGUAAAAUAUUUCUUUCUUUCUUUUGUGCCUCUUUUUACUUGGAAUGUAGUGUUAUAAACAGGGCAUGAAAAGGUAAAAUAUAGGUAGAUGAGAGAAUGUUAAUGAUUAUACCAAAAAGACAUCAUCUUAAAAAGAACAUUUACAGUAUUUACAGUGUAUUUACAGUAUUUCCUUUAGAUUUAACACAGAACUUGGACAUUAACAGUCUAAAUUGAGUAGCUGAUUGAGAUGCACAUUUUUACAGGGAUUGAUUUAGCACAACUAAAUCAAAUGGCUAAUUUAGUCUGGAGUAAGUUUAAAGUAACCUAAGAAUUCACAAUAUGUAAAAUUCUAUCUCCCUAUUGUAGGAAUAUUCCAAGAGCUAGUUCUUAAAUAAAUUAAUACCAAUAUCUAAUAUUUUAUCCAAUAAUUUGUAUAUUUUACCUCUGUUAAUUAGUAAAUAUUUACCUUAUCUAAGUGAUCAACUAGUUAUAUAGUGCUUAUGGCAUCUAAAUAAUGAAUGUAUUUUGGGGAAAGAAAAGAUGCUUAAAAAAAUCACCAUUUGUAUGCAGACACUAAAAACAGCAACAAUUGAAGGAAAGUUUGUAGUAGAUAAUAUAGAUCUAUUCCUGUGACUUUAACUUCUGUGCAUAGAUCCUGUAUGUGUUGAUUCAGUUAUAAUUAAACCAUCAAAAGGGGA